AUGCGGCUAUAUCUGCAUUUCAACAACAUUGAAUCUUUGGAGCCAGAAUCCUUCGCUCACCUGCCCAAGCUGGAGCGCCUAUUCCUGCACAACAACAGGAUCACGCAGCUGGUGCCCGGGACCUUCACUCAUCUCCAGUCCAUGAAGAGACUACGGCUGGACUCCAACGCCUUAAACUGUGACUGCGAGCUGCUGUGGUUGGCCGAUCUGCUCAAACAGUACGCCGAGUCCGGGAACGCUCAGGCCGCCGCCACCUGCGACUACCCCAGCCGCCUGCAGGGACGCUCGGUCGCCACGCUCACCGCCCAGGAGCUCAACUGUGAGGUUCCCAGAAUCACCUCCGAGCCUCAGGACGUGGACGUGACAUCAGGAAACACCGUGUACUUCACCUGUCGCGCCGAAGGAAACCCAAAACCACAAAUCAUCUGGCUCCGGAACAAUAAUGCUUUGAACAUGCGCGAGGACCAUCGUCUCAAUCUUCUGGAAGACGGGACUUUGAUGAUCCAGGACACCAGAGAAACAGAUCAGGGAGUGUAUCAGUGCAUGGCCAAGAAUGUGGCAGGAGAGGUCAAGACGUCCCAAGUCACACUCAGAUACUUUGGAGCUCCUUCACGGCCCAGUUUUGUGAUCCAGCCCCAGAACACGGAGGUGCUGGUGGGAGAGAGCGUCACUCUGGAGUGCAGCGCCACAGGACAGCCACAGCCCCGGGUCACAUGGACCAAAGGGGACCGGACCCCCAUCCCCAGCGACGCCCGCAUCAACAUCACCCCAUCGGGGGGGCUCUUCAUCCAGAAGGUGGUGCAGGCCGACGGGGGCCAGUACACCUGCUUCGCCUCCAAUAAUGUGGACACGAUUCACGCCACGGCCCACAUCAUCGUCCAAGCCACCCCCCAGUUCUCGGUGAGGCCCCAGGACCAGUCUGUGUUGGAGGGCCACACGGUGGACUUUCCCUGUGAAGCCGCAGGUUACCCUCAGCCUGUGAUCGCCUGGACCAGAGCCGGAAGUGCCCUGCCCACGGACCGGCGCCACACGGUCCUGUCCUCGGGCACGCUGCGGAUCAGUCGUGUGGCGGCGCACGACGAAGGCCAGUACGAGUGCCAGGCCGUCAGUCCUGUAGGAACUGUUCUCACCUCUGUGCAGCUCAGCAUUCAACAGAGAGUAACGCCUGUUUUCACAAAUGCUCCAAGGGAUUUGACGGUGGAGUCUGGCCAGGACGUCCAGAUCCCCUGCAGCGCUCAGGGCCAGCCACGGCCUGUUCUCACAUGGAACAAGGACGGUGUGCAAGUCACAGAAAGUGGAAAGUUUCACAUUAGUGCAGAUGGGUUUCUGGAGGUUUCAGAUGUGGGCACGGCUGAUGCUGGACGUUAUGAAUGCAUCGCUCGCAACUCUAUUGGAUACCAAGUGGCCAGCAUGGUCCUCACGGUCACAGUUCCUGCAGUGAGCCGAGAGGGAGACUCAUUUGUGAGCACGUCCAUCCAACAAGCCAUACGGAACGUGGACAGUGCCAUCGAGUCCACGAGAAGACGCCUCUUUGACGGCCAGCCUCGCACUCCAGGAGAGAUCCUCGCUCUGUUCCGGUAUCCACGUGACCCGUACACCGUGGAACAAGCUCGAGCUGGAGAAAUCUUUGAGCAAACACUUUUAUUAAUCCAGAACCACGUGAACCAGGGCCUUAUGGUGGACACUAACGGCACAGCCUUUCGCUACAAUGACUUGGUGUCCCCUCGCUUUCUGGAUAUGAUCGCUAACUUAUCCGGCUGCACCGCGCACCGCCGUCUGAACAACUGCUCCGACAUUUGUUUCCACCAGAAGUAUCGCAGCCACGACGGGACCUGCAACAACCUCCAACACCCCAUGUGGGGCGCCUCGCUGACCGCCUUCGAGCGUCUCCUGAAGCCGGUCUAUGACAACGGCUUUAACUUACCCCGAGGAAGCAUGGAGCGCCCUCAUAACGGGUACCGGCUCCCUCUGCCCAGACUGGUGUCCACCACAAUGAUCGGCACAGAGACCAUCACCCCAGAUGACCGCUACACCCACAUGCUCAUGCAGUGGGGGCAGUUCCUGGACCACGACUUGGACGCCACCGUUGCGUCUCUGAGUCAGUCUCGCUUUUCAGACGGACAGUUGUGCGCCCACGUCUGCACCAACGACCCUCCGUGUUUCCCCAUCCAGUUCCCGGCCAACGACCCGCGCCAGAUCCGAAGUGGCGCCCGCUGCAUGUUCUUUGUCCGCUCCAGCCCCGUGUGUGGAAGUGGAAUGACCUCCCUCCUCAUGAACAGCGUGUACCCCCGAGAGCAGACCAACCAGCUCACCUCUUACAUCGAUGCCUCUAAUGUCUACGGCAGUUCUCGGCAUGAGUCCGAGGAGGUCCGUGAUCUAGCCAGCCACAGGGGGCUGCUGCGGCAAGGCAUUAUCCAGAGAACAGGGAAACCUCUUCUGCCUUUUGCCACUGGACCUCCCACCGAGUGCAUGCGGGAUGAAAAUGAAAGCCCGAUUCCUUGCUUCUUGGCUGGGGACCAUCGAGCCAACGAGCAGCUGGGCCUGACGUCCAUGCACACAGUGUGGUUUAGGGAACACAACCGCAUCGCCACAGAGCUGCUGAGACUCAACCCGCACUGGGACGGAGACACCAUCUACCACGAGGCCCGGAAAAUAGUGGGAGCUCAGAUGCAGCAUAUCACGUAUAACCACUGGCUGCCAAAGAUCCUGGGUGAGGCGGGUGUGAGGAUGAUGGGGAAGUACGACGGUUACAACCCCAACAUUAACGCUGGAAUAUUCAGUGCUUUUGCCACGGCUGCGUUCCGGUUCGGACACACUCUGAUUAACCCCAUCCUGUACAGGUUGGGUGAGGACUUCCAGCCCAUCCCCCAGGGCCACCUCUCCCUGCACCGGGCCUUCUUUUCCCCUUUCCGUAUAGUGAAUGAGGGUGGCAUCGACCCCCUGCUGCGUGGGCUCUUUGGGGUGGCUGGUAAAAUGAGGGUCACCACAGAGUUGCUGAACACGGAGCUGACGGAGAGGUUGUUCUCCAUGGCUCAUGCUGUGGCCUUGGACCUGGCUGCGAUGAACAUCCAGAGAGGAAGAGAUCAUGGAAUCCCGCCGUACAACGACUUCAGGACGUUCUGUAACCUGACGUCAGCGCAGACCUUUGACGAUCUGAGGAACGAGAUCAAAAACCCUACUGUGCGAGAGAAACUGCAGAGACUGUAUGGGACCCCUCUGAACGUGGACCUGUUCCCAGCGCUGAUGUCUGAGGACCUGGUUCCUGGGAGCCGACUGGGACCAACGCUCAUGUGUUUGUUGGUCACACAGUUCAAGCACGUGCGCGACGGGGACAGGUUCUGGUAUGAAAACCCCGGUGUGUUCAGCCCGGCCCAGCUGACGCAGCUGAAGCAGGCGUCUCUGGCCCGAGUUCUUUGUGAUAACGGAGACAACAUCACUCGAGUCCAGCAGGACGUGUUCAGCGUGGCCGCUCUGCCCCACGGCUUCGGCAGCUGUGAGGACGUCCCACACAUCGACCUGCGCCUGUGGCAGGACUGCUGCGAAGGUCAGAGCCAAACUACUUUAUCUGAUAUCGACCUGCGCCUGUGGCAGGACUGCUGCGAAGACUGCAGGACCAAGGGCCAGUUCAACGCCCUGUCGUACCACUUCAGAGGUCGGAGGUCGGCGGAGCACAGCUACGAAGGGGACAAACCCGUCGACAGUGCAGUAGAAUCUCCUCCGGAGCAUUCUGAAAACAAGAUGGUGAAGACCACGGAACCGACCGUGGAUUUCCAGGACUUUGUCUCUGAAAUGCAGAAGACUAUCACAAGUUUACGAAAACAGAUAAAGCGACUUGAAGCCCGCCUCAGAAAGAGCGAGUGCGUCGAUGCAGAUGGACGAGAGAGAGCGGACGGAGAUCAGUGGAAACAGGACUCCUGCACCAGCUGCGAAUGCACCGAGGCCCAGGUGACCUGCACAGUAAAGUCCUGCCUCCCGCCUCAGUGCAAACACCCAGUGUCUCUGAAAGGAGCCUGCUGCCCUGUGUGCCUGCAGCAGGAGGACAACAUUGAAACAAACAGCCUCUGUGUUUGGUCCACAUUCCCAACCACGCAGAGGCCAGCGGCCGACAGGAGAGAGGAAGAACAUGACAAAGCCACCAUUUUGUUGACUCACAAAAUAUUCUCAGGCGCGCUCGGCCUCGGACCCUCAUUCCGCUGUAAUAGAAGCCAUAUGAACGAGGAAGUGAGGGCGGUGUUGGGGGAGGAACGACCAGGAGAGACCGGCUUUAAGCAGCACUACCUCCUGUCACUCACUUCUUUACCUCAAGUAUCCAACACUUCAUUCCCACACACAUGUGCAAUGCGACAUCACUUCUAA